AUGGGCGGCUGCGGCUCAAAAAGCCGAGUGGAGGCGACGCAGCCGAAGGCUUCGAAGGCUCCAGAACCUCAGAUCUCCAACCUGCAUUCAGAUCCCAGUGGCCAGCCCAUUGAUGCUGGCGCUGGCCACAAUGCAGGUACUGCAAAGGCCGCCAAGCAGCCGCCAGCCAAGGGGGACCUGUCCAAACUCCAAGCGCCCCCGGAUGAUGUGCAGCUCGUGCUCAGCGCCGGUGACAUCCGUGACAAGUAUGAGAUCCUGGCCGUCUUGGGCAGCGGCUCCUUUGGAGAGGUGAAGGAGAUCAGGGUCAAGGCCUUUCCCGAAAAGCUACGCGCCGUGAAGAUCACUGAGCGCCAGGUUGAUGACAAGGGAGAGAAGGGGCAGAAGAAACUUGAUUCCUUGGCGAUGUUCCGGAAAGAGGUCGAACUUCUACGAUCUUUGAAGCACGCGAACAUCGUUCGGGUUUGGGACGUCUACGAGACGUCUCACUAUCUUUACGUAGUAAUGGAUCUGUGCCGUGGCGGUGAGUUGUUCGAAAUGAUCAACGAGAUGGAUCGCCUCUCCGAAAACGACACCGCAGUGAUUGCAAAGCAAUUGCUGGGUGGCAUCGACUACAUGCACAGCAAGGGCGUCAUGCAUCGGGAUAUCAAAGCCGAAAAUGUGCUGCUAACUGAGUGGUCGUCAACGGCAGUCGUGAAAAUCAUCGACUUCGGAAUCGCCGCGAGGUUUCAGCGUGGAGAAAUGUUCGACAAGAUCUCAGGCUCGCCCCAAUACAUGGCGCCAGAGCUUGUUGGGCAGCGCUAUGAUUACCGGGUAGAUAUGUGGGCGUUUGGCGUCCUGGUGUACUUUGCUCUCUAUGGGCGCUACCCUUUCGACGGCAACAAUGUCCGUGAGAUUCUUUUAACAGUCCUUCAUGGGACUAUUGAGUGGGACAGUGACGUAUCGAUUGAUUCAAAGACCAUUGCCUUCCUUAAAGGAUGUCUAAACAGAAAGCCAAGAAAGAGAACCACGGCGAAGGCUGCCAUGAGCCAUCCCUGGAUCAUGUCCGCGAAGAAGCCGGAUGCCGAGAAACAUCGGGAACCCACUGAGAUCAACAUCUCCAGCGACAUUCUUAAAGGGGAUCCGAAGAUUCCCACCCCAGGCACAGACAAGAAAGGGCCAGCGGAAAAGCCAGAAGCUAAAGAUGACGGAGGCAAGCGAAGCGCACUUCGCGUGCGGCAGGAUGAUCCGUCUGCAGCCGCCGGCAUUGGCCAGGAAGCCACUGGCUCUCAAGGUGCCACAGAAGAAGAAGGCCAAGUGGACUUCAUGUUAGACCCCAACCAGGCACUAGAGUUCCAGGACAUGUACUCAGAUUGGAAGCGACAAACGUCUACGGACAGUACGGCUUCCUCGGCGUCUCAAAUGUAUCCGAUGCCCAACGAGAUGGCAGAGGAAGAAGAUGAGGAUGUCAAGCAGAUGAAGGCCGAGUUGGCGGGUGAGGACUUUGAAGGUCCUGAAGCUGCAGGCCUUCCUCCGAUGUCGCCACUUCGCAUAGGCGAAGGACAGAGAGGCGGCGCCAACAACCUGGGUGGUGGCCAGCUGAGUGACUUCAGCAAGGUUAUCCCCGGCAUGGCUCCAUCUCCUGUGGCCAACGGCGUGAAGGCAGAGUCUAUCCAAAGCUUGAGAUGA